UUUAAAGGACUACAACUCCCAGGUUGGAGGACGGCCCUUCACGUCGAGCGCACGAGCCUCGCACCGCAACAGCAGCAGCUGGUGCAACCCGAGGACGUUACUUUGUUACAGCGGAGCUACCGGGAGAGAAAACGACGGAGCUAAACCUCUCGGAAAAGUGUAAACAGUUGGGUGAAUACGGCUCAACGAAACGCCUGUUGCCGGGAUUAGGCGAUGGGAGCUGUUUGAUGAAAUUGCCAGUGGAUUUGGACGUUACGUUUUUUGCCGGAAAAAAAAGGUCUUUCUCAAAGUUGAGCCGAAGAGGAGUUCAGGAUGUCGGGCUGAGACAAAGGGGUCUGGGGGGCAUUCCCGUCGGAGCGGUAAAACUUGAUUCCUGAAACCUCCUCUGGAUGGGAAAGAUGGAGAGGGAGUUGCAAUGGUGGAAAGGACAGCUAGCUGCAGAUAUCCAUCAAUCGCUCCGCAUCAAGGAGCUGAAGCUGCCGGUCUACCGAGCCCACUCUCCGCAGAUUGGCAUGCGGCGGUACUUUGCAGACUUGUUGGCCAUUCUGAGUAAUCGCUACCAGCUAUGCCCUACAGCGCGUCACCUAGCCGUCUACCUACUGGACUUGUUCAUGGACCACUAUGAUGUGGCUGUCAAGCAGCUCUAUGUCAUCGCCCUCUCCUGUCUGCUCCUAGCUAGUAAAUUUGAGGAGAAGGAGGACCGCGUUCCCAAACUGGAGCAGCUGAACUCUCUGGGAUUUAUGUGCAGCCUGAACCUGGUUCUCAACAAGAAGGAUCUGAUCAAAAUGGAGCUUCUGCUCCUCGAGACCUUUGGCUGGAACCUGUGCAUGCCCACACCUGCCCACUUUAUUGACUACUACCUCCAUGUCUCGGUGCAGGAGGGCGACCUAUACAACGGCUGGCCCCUCUCCUCCCUCUCCAAGACCAAGGCUUUCAUGGACAAAUACACUCACUACUUUCUGGAAGUCUCAUUGCAAGACCAUGCCUUCCUGAGUUUCCGACCAUCCCAGGUUGCGGCUGCAUGCGUGGCAGCAUCUCGUAUUUGCCUUCAGAUUUCCCCAAGCUGGACGACUGCUCUGCAUCUACUAACAGGGUACACCUGGGACCACCUCACCCAGUGCAUUGAGCUCAUGCUGCUUGCUCAUGACAAUGACGUUAAGGAGGCCAACAAGACCAAAUCCAUUCCUCCUCAUCGGCCCUCCUCUCUGCAGUCUCAUCCCCAGACCUCUCUCCUGUCUCCAGUGUCAGCCAUCCAGAGACCAGCGUCUUCCUCCUCCUCCACCUCCUCCACACCACAGCUGCUCUUUCAGCCGGACGCCUUCACACACCUUUCCCAGCAUUCCCCCUCCCUGUCCCAGCUGCAGGCGCUAGCUGACUCCCAGGCUUUGGGGCCUAUGGUGAACAUGUCUCAGGACUUCCUUCAGAGUCACAGGAUGGGUCUCCUAACAGCGACUCCUUCCAUGACUCCUGGGGUUGGGUUCCCCUCAUACCCAACCCUGACCACUGGUCUCCAGCCGGGGACUCGUGCGCUGCCGCUCCAGGGCCCCAUUUCUGUGCAGAUGGCCCUUGCUGGAGAGCCACGCCACUGUCUGAGUAUGGCCUACAGUGGGGGCUAUCUGGGGGCUCAUCACACUUUCACAGCAGGUUGCUUUGACAGGUGACGCCAGGAGACGGAGAGAGAAGACAAACCCUUGCGGGAGUGCACUGCUAUGCUUCCGACCCAAUUCCCUACCCCGAAAUAUCCUUUUACAGACCUCCUCUCUCUCUCCGUCAGCUCUGCAACUUCCUCAGCUUGUCCAACUCCCCCCACCCUCACACAGAGACGCCUCAAACGCAAGCAGAGAUCCAAAGGCAAGACAGACCCGGUGGAAGUUAUCACACUGUCAUGACAAAGGCUCCUCCACCUUGAAAUACUGAGGCAUUGCAAAAAUGUUAUUGCCAUAUUCUGAACUGGUUUUAUAAAUCUGUUAUUAUGAUCAUCACUGUGGAUGAGAUGAAAGCAGCAGUGUGAUCUAACACCCACCUCAUUCAGUGCCUGUUCUCAGUCGUGUGAUAACUGAGACAAUUUUAGAAGUGCACAGUACACAAAGUAUGAGUGAUGAGGAUAUCUUGCUGCUUGACAUGAUUUUCUUUUUUUUUAUUAUUAUUUCUAAUUCCAAAAAUUGAACUCUUUUUUUUUAUUAGAGAGGAAAAUUUGGCUGGUGUUUUUCUUGAGCCACCAUUUGAGAGAGAGAGAGAGAGAGAGAGAGAGAGAGACUUAUCGCUGCCUUUCAGUUGUGAGCGUUAGCAAGCAUUGAUCUAACUCCUGUAGUCUCUGUUGGAGCUGAAGGGCCCCUCUGGGAAUUCCUCACCAGAUAAACCCUCGGAGGGGACGAAGAAUUAAUUGUUUUGAGCACAGCAGGUGAAGUCCGCAGCUGUAACGCUUCUGCUGUGUUUCGUUUUUUCCUUUCCUCCUCUCUGCCCUCGUCAUCUCUUCCCUCCCAUCUCCAAAGUCGAGCCUUGUGGCAGAGCCAUCACACACCCGGGUGAAAAUGUGUUUGUCUGGCAGCUGCAGGCUCUGUCAUACUAAAGUUUUAAUUUCAGUGUCCCCGGCACCACUCAAAGAAUUGAACACAAACGGAUGUGACUGGACCAGCAUGGUGAAGGAGACGUGGACGUUGUUAGUCUAUUGUACAUAUGAAUUGCUGCUGCCUUCUUAUGAACUGUUGGUUCUGUGUCUGUGUUAAUGACUCCAAUGUUUACAUGAACCACUAAGUAUCAGGGACUUGAACAAGAUUACUUGAAUAUGAUGCCAUUGAAACAUGCCAUAGCUUUUAUUUAUGAUGACCUGUUUCUUUCCUUUUUCAUUUUUGUUUGAUAUAUUGUAGCUUUUUAUACCAACUUAGAAACGCACCCUUGAUUACUUAUGGUUUUCUUUGUCCCUGUUCAUAGAAAUUGUUUAUUCAGGCUCAGGUUUCAAGGCUGAAACUAGCAGCCUUCCCAUUAUUCUGUGCUAUUAUGCUUUAAAGUGGAUGCUAUUGCAGCAUCU